AUUACAUUUAAUGAAAGUUUGGAGUCCGGACAUGAGAGAGGAAGCGUAAGAGAGAGAGAGAGAGAGAGAGGGGAGGGAGGUGUAAGAAACUGGGAAGAGAAGAUGUUGCUGUUGCUGUUGCCAUUCUGACCUAAAGCUCGUGUUUUUCUGCUUCGUUGUAUCUUCUGCUGUGUAAAAGUGAUCCCUUUCUGAUUCUUAUGUAGAUUUCAUAUCAGGAACCAGUGCUAAUACUUCACCUACAGAUCUCUCUAUUCUGGACGAAGGUUGGCUUUUGAUCCGGCUUGGGAGUCUUGAUCGACUUGAUUUUAACUCCGAGUUUAAAGAGCCGUUUGCUGACAGUGGUUGGAUAUAGUACAUCAGAAGUUCACACAUGAGAUAUAUAUAAUUAUUGUUGGGAUCAACCUACAGAAUGUCAUUCCGCAGCAUAGUUCGUGAUGUGAGGGAUAGUUUUGGGAGCUUGUCUAGGCGUAGUUUUGAUGUCAGACUUACGGGUCACCAUAGAGGAAAAUCUCAAGGAUCGGUGCAGGAUUUGCACGAUCAACCUCUAGUGAUUCAAAAUAGCCGCUGGGCGAGUUUACCCCCAGAAUUGCUAUUUGAUAUCAUUAGACGGCUAGAGGAGAGUGAAAAUACAUGGCCUUCUCGAAAGCACGUUGUUGCAUGUGCUGCAGUUUGCCAGUCUUGGAGGAACAUGUGCAAAGAAAUUGUUAAGAGCCCAGAGUUAUGUGGCAAACUUACAUUCCCCGUGUCCUUGAAACAGCCUGGACCACGGGAUGGAAUCAUUCAAUGUUUUAUCAAAAGAGAUAAAUCUAAUUUAACAUACCACCUAUUCCUGUGUCUCAGCCCUGCUUUGUUGGUUGAAAAUGGGAAAUUCCUUCUUUCUGCUAAGAGGACUAGGAGAACAACUUACACUGAGUAUGUUAUUUCCAUGGAUGCUGACAACAUCUCUAGAUCAAGUAACACUUACAUCGGAAAGCUGAGAUCAAAUUUUCUUGGUACCAAGUUCAUUAUAUAUGAUACGCAGCCUCCAUACUCUUCAGCUCAUAUAUGCCCUCCUGGAACUGGGAAGACGAGCCGCAGAUUUUAUUCGAAAAAGGUGUCGCCGAAAGUUCCGUCUGGGAGUUACAACAUAGCUCAGGUAACAUAUGAAUUAAAUGUGCUCGGGACUAGAGGCCCCAGAAAGAUGCACUGUGUCAUGCACUCCAUACCAGCUUCAGCACUCGAUGCAGGCGGCACCGUUCCCGGCCAGCCAGAGCUUCUUCCCCGAUCCCUCGAGGACUCGUUUCGGAGCAUCUCGUUUUCGAAGUCGCUGGAUCGCUCAAUCGAGUUCAGUAGCUCGCGGUUUUCUGAUAUUGGGGAAUCCAUUAUGGAGGACGAUGAUGGGAAGCUGAGACCCUUGGUUCUGAAAAACAAGCCUCCAAGGUGGCACGAACAGUUACAAUGUUGGUGCCUUAAUUUUCGUGGCCGAGUAACUGUUGCGUCUGUUAAAAACUUUCAGUUGAUUGCUGCCACCCAACCUGCUGCCGGUGCACCUACACCCUCUCAACCAGCUCCACCGGAACAUGACAAGAUCAUUCUUCAGUUUGGCAAAGUUGGGAAAGACAUGUUCACGAUGGAUUAUCGGUACCCUUUAUCUGCAUUCCAAGCUUUUGCAAUAUGUUUGAGCAGCUUUGACACCAAACUGGCUUGUGAAUAAGAUAAAAAUGACAAUGAAGCAGUGAGAGCUAAUGAAACAGUGAUGAUGGCAUAUUUCCCUUUGUUUUUUUUUUUUUUUUUUUUUUUUUUUUUUUUUUUCAUUUUCCUAUUUUCAUUAUCAGUGGCAUGGGAAUAGGCAAUUGUAACCGUAGUGCAUCUCUGAUGUAAUAGGAUUUCAGAGCAUUUUUAACAUACGAUGUUGCUAUGUUUCAUUCUGCCAACAGACCGUGAUUUAACAUAUUUUAGUAUGUGCUGCUGUCUGGUACAUGUUCGGUAAUUGAGAGUUACAUGUAAACUGUCA